UGAAAAUUGAGCGAGGAGCGAGGCUUGCUCGUGUGCUCGCUCACGCACACGCGCCGAAUCCCUCUCUCUCCUGUGUGUCUCUUUUUGUCCAUAUCAUUCCCACUCAAGCCACUGGAGACGAGUACAUGAGGAUAUAUGCAAGAGCUCUUUACAAAGAGUCGAUCUUCUCACAUGUUUAAAGUUUUUUUUUUUUGAAACCCGGUGGACUUUUAGCAGAUGGCGAUCGACAGACAAGAAUUUUAAGCAUGUUACAAAUUUAAAUUACGACUGGAUUGAUUUUCUUCGUUGUUCCUCCGCCUCUGUGGAAGGGACUGCCGCAGCAAGAUGGGUGCCAAAGGCAAUCUGCUCCAUUCUGCACAACUCCAACUAUUUCUUUUGAUGGCGGUUUUCAACUCGAUCUGCUGCACGACUUUGAAAUACCAAGUUCAUGAGGAACAACGCGCGGGGAUUGUCAUCGCGCGCUUAAAGGAUGACGUCACUGAAGUUUUAUCCAAAUUGCCAAGCUCCGUAUCUCUUCGUUUCCGUGCCAUGCAGCGGAGUAGCAUGCCGUUGUUGUCUGUGCGAGAGGAGGAUGGGGAGAUCAGCAUCGGCUCCAAAAUUGACCGUGAGAAGCUUUGUGAGAAAAAUGUUAACUGUUCCAUUGAAUUCGACGUCGUUACCCUGCCGACAGAGUACCUGCAAUUAUUCCAUGUGGCGGUGGAGGUGUUGGACAUAAAUGACAAUUCCCCACACUUCUCACACGCCAUCGUCCCCAUUGAGAUCUCUGAAAGCGCGUCAAUUGGGACACGGAUACCGCUGGAUGGUGCUGUGGAUGCGGACGUUGGAGAGAAUUCUUUGCACACCUACGCCCUCAGUCCCAACAACUUUUUUAAGAUUGACAUCAGGACCAGGACAGAUGGGGCAAAGUACACGGAGCUGGUGGUGAUACGAGAGCUGGAUAGGGAGGUGCAGUCUAACUACCAGUUGCAACUCAUUGCUUCAGAUAAUGGGGUGCCCCCCAAAUCUGGCUCCACAUUGCUGAAAAUUAGCAUCGCCGAUUCAAAUGACAACAGUCCAGCAUUUGAAGAGCAGGCAUAUGUUAUUAAUUUGAUGGAAAACUCUCCUCUUGGUACUCUUGUCAUUGAUUUAAAUGCUACAGAUCCCGAUGAGGGUACUAAUGGAAAAAUAGUGUAUGCUUUCAGCAGUCAUGUCCCCUCAAAAAUAUUGGAGAGGUUUAAGAUCAAUCCAGAAAACGGACACAUUACAAUGAUUAAAAUGGUGGACUAUGAAUUGUCUCCCUCCUACGAGCUUGAUGUUCAGGCUCAGGAUUUGGGCCCAAACUCCAUUCCUGGGCUUUGUAAAAUUGUUGUCAAAGUCGUGGAUGUCAACGACAACAAACCAGAGAUAAACAUUAACCUGAUGACACCAGGCAAAGAGGAGGUGGCCUACAUCUCAGAGGGUGCACCAGUCGAUACCUUCAUUGCGUUGGUGCGCAUUGAUGACAGUGACACGGGGCUCAAUGGCGAAGUGGUCUGCAGGCUUCAUGGCCACGGUCACUUCAGACUCCAGAAAACAUAUGAAAAGAACUAUAUGAUCCUCACCAAUAUUUCACUAGACCGAGAAAAGAGGUCCGAGUAUAGCCUGACAGUCAUAGCGGAGGACCAGGGCUCCCCAAGUCUCUCCACUAUCAAACACUUUACUGUGCAGGUACUUGAUGAAAACGACAAUCCUCCUCGUUUUGAGAAGAACCACUAUGAGGUGUUCAAAUCCGAGAACAACUCUCCAGGAGCAUACCUGACCACUGUAGUGGCCUCGGAUCCAGAUCUGGGCACCAAUGGCCAGGUGACAUAUGCCAUAAUUGAUGCUCCGGUGCAGGGGAGCUCCAUCUCGACGUAUGUCACUAUUGAUCCCUCAAAUGGUGCCAUUUAUGCCUUGAGGACCUUUGACCACGAAGAUGUCAGUCAUGUCACUUUCACAAUCCAGGCACGUGAUGGGGGAAAUCCUUCCCUGUCAGCCAACACCACUCUCCUGGUUACAGUUUUGGAUGAAAAUGACAAUCCCCCGAUCAUCCACUCCCCCUCCCUCCAGAAUCACACUGCUGAACUUCCAGUGUGGAAGUAUGCAUCUCCUGGUCAGUUAAUCACAGCGCUUCAAGUCACAGACCGCGAUGCUGGUGCUAAUGGGGAGGUGCGUUGCUCCAUUAUUGGCGGAAAUGACGAUAGUCUCUUUGUGAUGGAUGCUCGGCGAUGUGAGCUGAGGACCAAUGCAAGCUUAGAACAAGCGGCGAGGGAUGUGAUGGAGAUCAGAGUAGAAGUCCAGGAUCGAGGUACCAAUCGACUCACCGCAGGGGCCCUCCUCAAGCUUACUCUGCAGGAGAAUAUGGACAUCCUCCCCACUCUUGAUCCCACUGACUACAGCCACUCCUCUCAUGAUCUCUCUCUCAUCAUCAUCAUAUCUCUCGGAGCAGUUUGCACUCUGUUGCUUGUUGUAAUGGUGAUGUUUGCCACAACUCGUUGCGCCCAGGAAAAAAAAGACCCAAAGCACAACUACAAUUGUCGCAUGGCAGAAAACAGCUAUCAGAAACAUCCCAAGAAGCCAACAAGGCACAUACACAAAGCAGAUAUUACUCUGGUCCCAACUGUCAAUGGAAUUCUUCCUGUCCAGUCUCACCCGCGCUCCCCGUCAGCCUCCCCUCUGGCCGAGAAGGGCACGCCAGGGAGCAGGCAGAGCCAUCACAGCCGCCAGUCAUUGAACAGUCUUGUCACCAUUUCCUCCAAUCAUGUGCCUGAGAACUUCGCCCUGGAGUUGCCUCACACUGCACCCCCUGUUGAGCAAGUCUCACAGCUUCUGUCCAUGCUCCAUCAGGGCCAGUACCAGCCACGUCCAAGUUUCAGAGGCAACAAACACACACGGAGUUACAGAUAUGCCCUGAACGAGAUGGAUAAAUUCAGCCUCAAAGACAGCGGUCGUGGGGACAGUGAUGCGGGCGACAGUGACUACGAGCCUGGCAGGGACUCACCUGUCGAUAGACUCCUUGGUGAGGGACUUGCUGAGCUUUAUGCACCUGAUGUCCAUCACAGAACCCACACAGCUAUGAGGCUCUGCACAGAGGAGUGUCGUGUACUGGGUCAUUCGGAUCAGUGCUGGAUGCCCCCACUUGAGUCCCCAGAGUCAUCAUCCUCCGACUAUCGAAGCAAUCUCUACAUUCCCAGGGAUGAAGCCUGCCAGCCCACUGACCAGUCUCAGGACAACACUCCACAGCCAUGCAUUGAAAAUGGAUCUGGCCGGAACCAAAGCUUCUCCACCUUUGGAAAAAACCCGGGCAGAGAGAGCAUUGCGGAAGAGAAAGUUGACGUUAACGGUGGGGAUGAGGCUACAGAUGAAGAACUUUGUGGAGCUUCAUCCUUGCUCUCUGAGAUGAGCAGUAUUUUUCAGCGCCUGCUCCCCCAGAGCUUAGAUUCAUAUGGCCAAGUUAAUGAGAAACAGAAGGGGAUGAGUUUCAGUGGUAUUGGCGUAUCAAUGACUGGAUCUUUGGAUCGAAAGAGGGAUCAUCUCCCAGGCAAGACCAACCCCUCCAUCCACCAGCAGGGUGUGGCAGCCUGGGCUGCCAAUACACACUUCCAGAAUCCAGGAAAUGGCAUCAUUCCAUCUGGUCACCAUCAGGGCGGAGGCUACUACACCCUGAAACCGUGCACCAAGCUCAGCUUCCAGAGCAGCAAUCACAGUAACUCACAGGCAGUCAAAAACAGUCAGAACCCCAAAUCACACAGCUGCUCCAUGCUCACAGCAAGAGUCAGCCCCACUGGGAAACAAACUUGUCAGGCUUCAGUGGCAACAACCGUGCCCAUUCCUGGCCCAUCAUCCAAAUGGCUUCCUGCUAUGGAGGAAAUCCCAGAAAACUAUGAAGAGGACGAUUUUGACUCUGUACUGAGCCAUCUACAGGGAAAACGCAGUGACAGCCGCCGUGAGCUGGUGGAUGCCAGUGAGUUAGUCGCUGAGAUCAAUCAACUUCUCCAGGAUGUCCGGCAGAGCUAGACCCAUGUUUUUUUUUUUUGGGGGGGGGCUGGGGGGGAUUAUAAUUGAGAAUAUUAUUUAUAUCUGUUUGAUCUGAUCUGUCAUUUACCUUCAGACAAAGAUUGGGGGUGAGUUGUUGACAAAUUAAAAUGCUGAAAAAUGAAUAACAAGAGACCUGUAAUUGUCAUGAAAGUUGCAUUUCAAAUGUAUUAACUCUUAUUUGAAUGCUAAAUAUCCCAAAAAUUUUUGUAAUUGUUGGAUGGUACACAAUGUACAUCAUUCCACUGGAUUUAUCUUUGUAUUUUAAAAAUACAAUUAUAACAUAUUUAUAUAAAAACUGUAAAUACAUUUAACCAAAGGUCUAUUUUUAUAUAUUGAAUGCAUGUCCAAAACAUUGAAUCAAAAGUUGAAUAUGUGAUUGACAUUCUGCCUAUUUAAAUUGUUUAUAUAUUGUGAUUCAUUUCUAUUAUUAUUGUAUGCAUACUGUACAAGAACAUGUUAAUUGACCAGUUGUAAUUUAUGUAGACUGUGGAAAAAUAGACAUCACGCAAAUAAAAUGCCAUUUAACUCUG